GGCCCCGUCCGGGGAGGUCCUGGCUGGCGCUGGGCUGGGGUCCGCCCCGGUCCUCACCCCUCCCCGCAGCGAAGGCAGCCUUGUGCCGCGGCUCAGCCAGCGGUAGCCCCCACUGAGCCUCCAGCUGAUGAGGGGAGCGAGGGAUCCCCAGAGGCCUGGCCAGCACUCUAACCCGAGCACCCCGGGAACCCUGUGCGGUGCUGCCCAGCCUCUGCUCUGUGACACGCCCCCCCUUUCUCAUGUGGGGAAACUGAGGCACGGAGGGGGAAAAUGGCAGACGGUUUUUCUCUAUCUGAUGCCUUAUCUGGACCCGGUAACACAAACCCAAAUGCUCCUCCAAACCAAGGCUGGCCUGCUGGUCCCUGGGGAAAUCAACCUGCUGGUCCUUGGGCCUAUCCUGGGGCACCGGGGGCCUAUCCUGGGGCACCGGGGGCCUAUCCUGGGGCACCGGGGGCCUAUCCUGGAGCACCGGGGGCCUAUCCUGGAGCACCUCCUACUGCUCCACAAGUUGGACCUGGAUUUGGAUUUGCCCCUCAGCCAGGGGGACCUACUGCUCCACUGAGAGUCCCCUUUGACCUGCCCUUGCAGACCGGCCUCGUGCCUCGCUUGUUGAUAACAAUCGUGGGGACGGUGAAUCCGAACCCCUCCAGAUUUUCACUGGAUUUCAAGAAAGGGCAUGAUAUCGCCUUCCACUUUAAUCCCCGCUUCAACGAGGAAAACAGACAAGUCAUUGUCUGUAAUUCAAUGAUUCAGAAUAACUGGGGAAAGGAGGAGAGAACCUCGCCCAGGUUUCCAUUUGAAGCUGGCAAACCUUUUAAGAUCCACAUUCUGUGUGAGACAGACCAUUUCAAGGUAGCUGUCAACGAUGCUCAUUUGCUGCAGUUCAGCUACCGGAUGAAGAACCUGAAUGAAAUCACCAAACUCAGCAUUGCUGGGGACAUCUCUCUCACCAGUGUUAUGCCCGCUAUGAUAUGAGUGGUGUUUUGUAGUGUGACCGUCACACCAAGAAACAUGCUCUGGUCACGUCCUGAGUAGCAGUUAACCUUUACAAAAAAGGAGCUGGCUUCAUUUAUCCUUUGUACAAUAAACUUAAUAAAAAUACUCGUACUAGA